AAGCUUCAUCGUCUCCCGCCACCAAAUCGACACCCGAGCCGCCGACCUCUUCCUAGCUCCCGUGCAGGACGCGGAACGCGCCCUUGCAGCCGCCUGGGAGGCAGCCGCUGCUGCUGCCCCUCCGUCCCCCCUGCCGUACUCCUCCCUGGACGAACUGCUGGCGGAUGAGCCCUGCCUGGAGCUGCUACAGCGGCAGCAGGGGGAGCAGGGACAGGGUUUCGUACGGCUGGUUUUCUCCACCCUCCUCCAACAGCAGCAGCAACAGCAGCAGCCGCAGCAGCACCAGCAACAGCAGCAGCAGGAGGGGCGGCUGGAAGGGGAGGAGGCGCGGCAACAGCGGGGGCAGCAGGGAGAGACACGCGUGACGCCUCCUAGGCCGCGCAUGCAGUCAGCUCCUGACACGGUGACGGCGGCCAAGAUAAAGAGGGGUGACGGCGGCGGCGGCGGCGGCGCCCCUGCUCGGGAUAAUGACUCCCCGGCCGGCGGGGUCAUCGGCGGCAGCGGCGGCGGUGGUGGCGGCGGCGACGACUUGGGUUUCAUCGAGGAGAGGGAGGACGACGGCGGUGAGGAGGUGCUGGCGGGAGGAGGAGGAGGAGGACUGUACGGCACGGAGUAUGGGGAGGAGGAGGAGGAGGAUCAGGAGGAGGGGGCAUUCGAUGCCAUGUACGGCACAGUAGCUGAUCCGUACGGCGAUGACGUCACCGUGGAUGAUGUCGAUUACGGAGGUGGCGGCCUGGGUGACGACGGCUUAGGUGGUCUCGGCCGCAGUGCAGCGGACGCAUUGGAGGAGGUCGGUGAGGCCGAUGAUGCUGCUGCGGAGGAGGAGGAGGAGGAGGAGGAGCAGCAAGAAGAAGAAGGAGAAGGAGUCCACGCAACUGCUGCUGCAACUACCCACGGCACCGCUAGGAGGUACGGCGCCGGCAGUCCCAUGACCGCUCGUACAACACAUCGGUCCGCCUCCGCCUCCGCCACCUCCGCAACCACCACCCUCACCACCACCGCCGCCGAGCACUGGCCCCUGCGCCCCGAUCUGCUGCGCCACUAUGUGCGACUCGUGUUCUCAGGCCCCGGUGCAGCGGAGCGGUUGGCGGCGGCGGCGGCGCUGACGCUGGCGGCGGCGGGGCUGCGUACGACAGUGGCGGCGGCGGCGGGGGCCACUGCCGUACGGGCCCAUGGUUCGUACGAUGCACGGCGCUUUCAGAUGCCGUUGCCUGAGCUGCUGAGGCGACUGCGGAAAACGGUUCCUCAGCUGUUGCCGCCGGUGCCGGAGGCGGCGUCAGCUGGAAGAGUGGGGUCGGCGGCGGCGGAUGUGUUGGUGGUCGGGAGCUGGCUGUUGAAGCGGCCGCCUCCCGCACCGUCUUCUCCGGCCCCCGCCCUGUAGACCGUAUCCGCUCCGCCGCCUGCCGACUGCUGUCCGCCCGCACCGCCUCGCUGGGCGGGCGCGCGCACUGCUGCCGGCUGGCGGCCCUGGCUCGGAGAGUUCCUAGCGGUGUCUAAACCCUGUACCCAUGUGCUGACCUAGCAUUCACUCCUCCAUCCUGAACAACCAAGUAUCCGUCCUCCUGACCUCCCAGUUCACCCCUUCCAUUAUCCUUUCCCCACCCGCGCCCACGCCCUCAGGAGAGCACGGGUCGGCCCGGCUGCAUCCACGUGUCCGCGUCCACGCGCAGACUGCUGCCCGCUGGGGAGGACGAGCUGGGCUGGGUCAGCACCGGGGGCGUGGAGGUCAAGGGCAAGGGUCGCAUGGAGACGUUCCUGUGGGAGCCCCAGUCGGAGGGUGCCACACGGCAGCGCCGGGAGCUGCAGCAGCGCGCCAUGCUGCUGGGCACGCUGCCGGACGCUGCCCUGCAGAGCCUUGCGGCAGGGGCGGCGGUGGUGGUAGGAGGAGUAGGGGGCGCGGGAACGGCCGGUGGUGCAGCGCCUGGGCAGAUGACGGCGCCCGCUGUGUCUGAGGUGGGUCUCGGGUCCAGCGCGUCCGGCAGCAGCAGUGGACGGCUGGCGGCGGGCGGAGUCGGUGGGUCCCUGCUGGCUGCAGGACGAGGAGGAGGAGAGGGUACGGGAACAGGAGGGGCAGGGAUGCCAGCAGCGGGAGCAGGAGGGAUGGUGGCGGCGGCGUCGGUGCAAGGCGCUGGAGGGUCACGACUGAUGGCUGAGGGGGCGUGCUCCUCGUCUGCACCGAGGGACCGCGCUGUUGAUCAGUUUAUGCGUGGACGUAUGUCUUGUCGUGAUAGUGGCAAUAGGGGCUAUUAAUUGUGAAGUGACACGCGCAGGUUCAGGUUGUUCGGGGCUGAGGUGCCUCCAAUCCCGCUUUGACUAUACUGCAUUAAAAUAUUCUCUUAAACCGCUUGCUAUAUACCUUUGUUUGUUGUGUUAGAUCUACACUGCUUGCGGAAAUACUUGCCUAGUGCGUGCGGCCACUAGGUGGCCAUCUAUGUGCUGUUACUAAAGUCCUUUUGUUCACACGUUGGACCCCCAUGCAAGCCACUGCUCGAAAAGAAUGAGCUGAAAUGUGACAUCUGCUCUGUUUGGGGUGGCGUGAAAGUUUCUUUGACACGAUGCCGGCCCUGAUGGUGAUGGCAAGCACACAAGGAGAGAACGACGGAGGGCGAUGGUGUAAGGGGUUCCAGAAGGUGGUUCCUCCUGUUCACCAGAGGUGCACCCACUGGGCGUCUACCUCUGUCUUGGGAUCUUACGAUGAGAAUCCUGGAGGUAGCUGGGCCAUCACACUUGCUGCUUCUCCUUGAGCAUUUAAUCGUGCAAUGGCGUGCAGGCCGUAGAUAUAUGGGCAUCAGGCCGUUUGCAAGGAGGGCAGUUCUGUGUAUUUCCGGUUCCGCCUGCUUCUCGUAUUUUGCUGUUGCUGCAAGUAGUGGGGCCGGCGCAUAGUGUGAAGAUCAUGUUUUUUUCCUGCGACCUUUGCUUUAGCCGCUGCAGUGUCUGAACCAAACAAAAGAUUUGUGUAUGAACCUUCGAAUGUCUUUUCUUGGCGUGCAUACUUGCCGCCGCUGGAGGUAAGGGAUGGUGUGCGGUGCAGCCGCUGUCUCCUUCAUUCCGAUGUGGCCGUGUGUUGGCCAUUUCAAACAUAAUCCUCACCUGCAGCGUCGGAUGCUGCUUGCAGGGUUGGUUACAAGCUUUGUCAAUUUUGAAAGUGUGUGGGGUGAUUUGGAAUGGAUUUGGGUCUUUCAUAUCCUCUUCCGAAUCCUUACUUUGGUGGCGGCCUAAUUUGGAUGUUUUAAUCAAAUAGUGUGCUUUUGUAGCCCUCCCCGUUUGGCUAUAUGCUGGAUUGAUAGUAUUCUCUCCUGGGCUCAUGUCCUUUAGUCUGAUGUAGUGCAGGCAUCCGCUGCUGCCUAUCAUCAUCUUAAGAAUAGGAAAGGAGUGCCUUGGCAAACGAAGGCUUGGUCGAGCAUGCCCAAAUUGGGAAGGUUUAUGCACAUGGGACUGGUUUGGUGGUGGUGGUGGUUGUGAUGGUAGCAAUGAUAGCGGUGAUACUGUCACACAAGGCUUCCAAUGAGGCUGGCGGGUGUACUGGGGUGCAUGGGUGGCUUGCUGCCUGGAUUGCUGGAUGUGGGGGGCUGGGGGUUACAUUUGUUGUGCAGGUACCAAGACUUGGAUCCGUUCCAGUUCAGCUCGGUGCAGUGAUGAUGAUGGUGCAAUUUAUGCUUGGUAAAUGAUGGGCUGAUGGGAUAGCAUGGUGGCUCAGCAGUGCUGGGGUAAGUCGUUAUGUUGUUGGUGGUUGUGGUCAUGGUAGUGGCUUAGGACGGACAGGCGGAUGUGAGUCUAGCCUAUAGUGUCCCUAAGAGGGGUGCCGUUGAUUUAAGUGUCACAGGCCGGAUUUCAGGCCAAUAUUGUCCGCUGCUUUGGGUGCACCGCUGGGUGUUACGAAAUGGCUGGUACUUUUUUAAGGGUGCGGGGUGGAGGGUGCAACAGUGGCGGACAGCGGACCUGCUGGGAGCAAGCUUGGCGCCCUGGUUUGGUUUGGAAAAUGGUCAGGGCUGUUUUGCUUUGCUGGGGCGCCACCAGCCCUCUGCUGAAACAAGCUGUUAGUGGCUCUGAUGCUCUUUGGCUGAUCCUCCUUGCCAAGGUGAUGUAGGCGAGGAGCAUGUGGGCUGAGUGCUGAGGAAUGAUGUUGUGAACAAUGCUACCCUUUUCUGAAACUGUUAUAGUGUUAUUGUUGGCAAGCGAGUACCCACGGCCUGUUGUUUCAUCAAGCAAUGAAGCUCCAUGCUGUCAACUGUUAAAAUAUUGCUAAUGCUCAUAAGGGAGAAGAAGAGGUGUUCCUACACGGCGAACGACUGGAAUCCUAUGUGGUGGUACUGACGAGAGUGAUGUUGUGGUGCUGGUAGGGCCGGUGUUGGCCCUGAUGAAUGUGGUGAGGUUCAUCCAAUGCCGUGUUCCUGGUUGGACCUGGUCAUCUGCUCCAACCAUACACGUACCCUUUCUCCUGGCCCCUUGCAGCGUUUAGGUGGUUCCCAUGAAGCCGAUUAUCCUAACAAUGGAAAGCAGUGUCCGUGGUGGUGGUGGCGGGUGAUGGAGAGAAGCGCUGCAUUGUUCUUACUGUUUGCGCGAGCGAUGUUAACACACCUCAUGGAUUUCAUUCUCCCUUGUGCUUUGACACUCGCCUCUUUCUGCUAUGGAUGUCCUUGCGAGCUGUUGGGGGAGGGUGUUCUGGUUGAGUGAUGAGAGGUUCUUUGCUGUGUCCCAUGGGUCGGUGGGCUGCCUGCAUUACUGGCGGCACUUGCUCUGUGAACUUUUGAAGAUGCCUCGGAUGAAGUGGUUAAACUGAACUGAUUCCUCGAUGCUUCGGAAGGGGUUGGGGGCUUUUACCUGGAUAUGGCAAACAGUGGCCAUGGGGGGGUGUGGAUGCUGGAUGGGUUCCUCUUCUUGUUGCUCGAAGCUACUGGUGGUGUGUAUCAUCCCUCCGUCCUGAUAUAUUUCCUAUGACCAUAAUGAGAGGGGUUCUGCAUGUGUAGGAUGGUGAUAGGCAGUAUUCAAUACAAGCGACCAUCCUUUCUUUUCUGUAAAAGAAAGCAGCUG